CAGCUGUGUUUAUGUUUGGACGCUCAGCGAAGGCGUAUUUUCCCCCCAUUCCGAGCCCGAGCCGCCCCAUCGCACUAAUCCAACGCAUCAUCUAAGUUGGCUACGUGGAAGAGAGUGCACCUGCAAUAUGGUGCUUGGAUGGCUGCCAUGUUGCGGACGCAAUGGGUACCAGCAGAUCGGGAAUACGGGUCCCCGGUUCGGAGUGCGUCAUCUGCAGUGCAUCCUGGUGUUCUUCGGACUGGCGGUGGCCUAUUCCCUGCGGGUGAAUCUCUCCGUGGCCAUUGUGGCCAUGACGGAUCGCAAUGCCAGCAAUCCGGAUUUUCCUGAAUUUGACUGGAACGAGAGCACCAAAUCGUACCUGCUCAGCAGCUUCUUCUGGGGCUAUGUGGUCACCCAGAUUCCCGGCGGCUAUCUGUCCGCCAUCUAUGGCGCCAAGUACAUGCUAUUCUACGGCGUGCUCAUCUGUUCCUUUCUGGCCCUGCUGACACCCUUUUGUGCCGUAAGCGGUGGCUGGAAACUGGUGGUGGUGCUCCGGGCGGUUCAGGGACUCUGCCAGGGCGUCAUCUUCCCCUCGACACACACGUUCCUAUCGAAGUGGGCACCGGCGGAGGAGCGAGGUCGCCUGGUGGGCUACAGCUACUCAGGCUCGCAGUUCGGAACCGUGGUGAUGCUGUCCGUUAGCGGUUACAUUGCAUCCUCCUCGCUGGGCUGGCCCAGCACCUUCUACAUUCCCGGAUGCGUUGGCAUCGUUUGGGCCUUCGUGUGGCUCUAUCUUUGCUCCAGCACUCCGGCCCAACAUCCCACGAUAACGCCAAUGGAGCGGCGAUACAUUGAGUCCUCGGGUCAGGCGAGGAGGCCCUCGGAUGCGGGACGCGAGGAACAGCCAAGGCCGCCGACUCCCUGGCUGAGCAUCCUCACCUCGGGUCCCUUUCUGGUGCUCGUCCUCGCCCACUGUGCCAACAACUGGGGCUUCUGGACUCUGCUUACGGAGAUUCCCACCUUCAUGAAGAACGUGCUGGGCAUGGACAUCAAGAAUAAUGGACCGCUAUCGGCUCUGCCCUACUUUGCCAUGAUCCUGCUGACCUGUGUUUUCAUCUGGCUGUCGGACGCACUGAAGCAAAGGGGAACGGUUAUCCCCUUGGGCUUCUCCCGGAAGUUCUUCAACACGCUGGGAAUGUGGCUCCCUAUGCUCGCGCUGAUCGGACUGGGCUACAUCACCGAGGGUGAGGCCAAUGUCCGCCUGGCCAUUGGACUGCUCACCGCGGCGGUGGCAACCAAUUCGGCCACCUAUUUGGGCUUCCAUGUAAACCACAUCGACUUGUCGCCCAACUAUGCGGGUACACUGAUGGGCAUUACCAAUUGUGCUGCUAAUUUUAUGAGCAUACUGGCUCCGCUGAUCGUGGGACUGAUAGUUUGGGAUGAGACGAAUCCGUCGCAAUGGCGAAUAGUAUUCUUCUUCACCGCCUUCGUUUAUUUUAUCGGUAAUCUGCUGUUCAUGCUUUUUGGACGCACAAGGGUUCAACCGUGGAACGCUGCUCCUUCGACGAGAACGCCCUCGCCAGGAGGAGGAGGAGAGCCAGACGAAGCUAACGAGGAUCGAGCCCCGCUAAUCGACGCAUAAACUAUAACAGAACGUAAAACGUGGCCUAGGGAUUGGUUGUAAAUGUGAAACUUUUGUACCUUGAGGGCGAAGCAUUCCAUGGAAUUGAUGAAUCGCAAUUAGUAUCGUAUUACUAGCUAUACACAUGACGCAUAUUUAUGUCUACAUACGGAAUAUAUAUACUAUUUAUGUAUAAAGCAUCGGAAACACGC